GCUAUUGGGUAGCAGUGGGUGUUGACAUGUCAGUGUCAGCUGAUUGCGGUCGUAAAGCCUCUCGACUAAGCUAAGGUUGCUGUUCGAGUUAGCCUAGCUCGGUGUUUGUUUUUGUUCCCGUUACCGCGCAGGCAGCAGCUUUUAAUCGAGACCCCAAAGUGGUUGUUUUUUAAAAAAUCUCCAAAACAAAAUCCCGUAUCACCUCGACGUAUUUGUGAAAUAUCGUGCCGUAAUUCGGUCGCUCGUCGUACGGUGUGAGUUGCCGUGAGUGAGGCAGCAGUUGCUGUUGGCAGGGGAGGGAAGGGAGUGUGAAGUUACUGUGUUCCGUGUCUCUGCAUUGCAGCCCGGUCAGUGCUGCUGCUGCUGCUGCUGCUGAUGGAAUUCAAACACACAACAAUGGCGACUCCCAGUUCCAACAACUCGACGACACCGAGCGGUCACAACGGCAGCACGGGCGCCGGAUCUGCAGCAUCCCACUACCAGCACCAGCAGUCCCAGUCCCAGCACAUCACCACGAUGAGCGGCAUGCAGGAGUCCAACACCUGCUGGAGAUGUCAGAGUGAAACAGAUAAACCUGUCUGGAGCUCCCCCAAGUGCCUGCCCCCAACAAAACCUGAUGGCGUUGCCGCUCUCUGUUGCCAAUCAGGUAAACGCAAAGCCCUGAAGUUGAACUUCGCCAACCCUCCAAUCAAACCCACGACUAGGUUCACACUGAACACAGCGGGGCCGCCUUUCCAGAACCCACACAUAGAGAGGCUGAGAACACACAGUAUUGAGUCAUCGGGAAAGUUGAAGAUUUCCCCAGAGCAGCACUGGGACUUCACCGCCGAGGACCUCAAAGAUUUGGGCGAGAUUGGCCGCGGGGCUUACGGCUCCGUCAACAAGAUGGUGCACAAGCCGAGUAACCAAAUCAUGGCAGUCAAGAGAAUUCGGUCAACGGUCGACGAGAAGGAGCAGAAGCAGCUGCUGAUGGACUUGGACGUGGUCAUGAGAAGUAGUGAUUGUCCGUACAUCGUGCAGUUUUAUGGCGCUCUGUUCCGAGAGGGUGACUGUUGGAUUUGUAUGGAACUUAUGGCUACCUCGUUAGACAAAUUUUACAAAUUUGUAUAUUGCUCAUUAGACGACGUGAUUCCAGAAGAAAUAUUAGGAAAAAUAACAUUAGCUACUGUGAAAGCACUUAACCACUUAAAAGAAAACUUGAAAAUAAUACACAGAGACAUCAAACCAUCAAACAUCCUCCUGGACAGGAAUGGCAACAUAAAGUUGUGUGACUUUGGCAUUAGUGGUCAGCUGGUGGACUCCAUCGCCAAAACCAGAGAUGCAGGGUGCAGGCCAUACAUGGCCCCUGAGAGAAUAGACCCCAGCGCCUCCAGGCAAGGCUACGACGUCCGCUCUGACGUUUGGAGUUUGGGAAUCACACUGUAUGAGCUGGCCACAGGACGGUUUCCCUACCCAAAGUGGAACAGCGUGUUUGACCAGUUGACCCAGGUGGUGAGAGGUGACCCUCCACAGCUCAGCAACUCGGAGGAGAGACGCUUCUCCCCCAAAUUCAUCGCCUUCGUCAACGUGUGCCUUACAAAGGAUGAAUCGAAAAGGCCAAAGUACAAGGAGCUACUGAGAGACCCGUUCAUUCAGAUGUACGAGGAGCGUUCGGUCGACGUAGCCAGUUACGUCUGCAAACUCCUGGAUCAGAUGCCUGCAUCUCCCAGUUCCCCUAUGUAUAUGGACUGAAAGCAGAAAAAAACACAUUCACUCAUCGCUAAAAAAAAUACACCAGUCUACAUCAAUAAAGGUAUUGGGGGUGAAAAAAGACGACAAAAUCAACAAAAGAAGUCCUAAUGUAAAUUUUGCUUGGUCCAUUUAUUGCAGUGUUAAGAGAAAUGUAAAGAAAAAAAACAAACGCCAUUUUCAAUAGAAGUGGUGUUAAUUUCAUGUCUAUAUAAUAUAUAAACGUUAACACACCUCUGUUUCCUGCUCACAAACACACAUUGACGCACAAAGUAUAAUAGCAGCAGAAUCAAUCAACUGUGGAUGCAUCUUGUUGAUUAGUAGUGAUUUAAAUAUGACGAGAAAAUAACCUGGAACUUGUAUUUAUAAAACCAAAAAAAUCAUUUGGAAGAUUCUUCUACAUACUGGAAUCGUGCUCUCUGUGAAUCGUCUCCGCCUCGUCUGUGUGCGUGAAUGAAAGCAUCGUGUUUUGGUAUCUUUAAUGGAACUGUGCUUCUCUGGGUUUAGAGCGGUUUAAAGUGUCAUGUCAGAACCUGCAGUCCAGUUAGGGCUCACCGUGCAGUGGACUGUACUGUCUGCUGAUGUAUGAAUAAAAAAGAAAAGAAAAAGA